AUGAAGUUUCUCUCCGUACUCUCGACUGCUGCCCUUGCGACACUGGGUAGCGCGCAAGCUCCUACCAAGGUCAAUGACUUCAACGCCGGCCCCACGAAGCUGGGAAUGUACGUCUAUGUACCGACGAACCUGAAGAAGCCUGCUCCGAUCGUCGUCGCAAUUCACCAUUGCCAGGGAUCGGCUACAGGAUACGCGUCUGAAACGAAGUACCAGCCACUGGCCAAUUCCAAGGGUUUCAUCAUCAUCUACCCGAACUCGAGAUCGAGCGGUGGCUGCUUCGAUGUUUCGUCUACUGCUACACUCACGCACGACGGCGGUGGAGACUCCCAAACUGUCGCAAACAUGGUCAAAUACGCCAUCUCAAAGUACGGCGGCGACGCAGAGAAGGUCUUCGUAACCGGAACCUCUUCCGGCGCAAUGAUGACCCAAGUUAUGGCUGGUGCCUAUCCAGAUGUGUUCAAGGCUGCAUCCGCGUACAGCGGCGUACCUGACGGCUGCUUCUUCGUUCAGGGUGCCACUGCCACGCAGGACCCCCCGGGCUGGAGCAACAGCUGCGCCAACGGACAGACUACAAAGACAGCACAGCAGUGGGGUGAUGCGACAAGGGGCUACUUCCCCGGAUACAAUGGAACCAGGCCCAGAAUGCAAAUCUGGCACGGAACUGCGGAUAACACACUUCGCUACCCUAACUACCAGGAAUCGCUCAAGCAGUGGUCGAACGUCUUGGGCCUCACCACAUCAAAGACUGCGUCCAACGUACCUCAGAGUGGCUACACGCAGACUAUCUAUGGCGAUGGUGAUUCGAACACCGCACAGCUUGUUGGUUACAGCGCUGCAGGCGUUGGCCACACCGUCCCGGUCCACGAGUCUAACGAUAUGUCUUUCUUCGGUCUCUAG